AUGGUCAAACCACUCUCCUUCAAGGGCGACAAGAAACCAAAGAAGCGCAAGAGAACCGAAGCUGAAGCUCCCAAUCCUGAAGCAGAAUCAAGUGAGGUCGCGCUCGCGAGGGCAGAGGAAGAGCCAGAGAAUGACGACAGCUGGGUCUCUGCAGAAGCACUCAGCGACGUUGUCGGUCCCAUCAUGUUCGUGCUACCAACCGAGCCAGCGACCUGUCUAGCGUGCGAUGCGAACGGCAAAGUGUUUACGGAUCCCAUCGUGAACAUCGUCGAUGCCAAUCCCUCGAGUGCUGAACCUCACGACGUACGGCAGGUGUGGGUGGCCAACAAGAUUUCGGGAACUGAAAACUACAGGUUCAAGGGCCGAUACGGAAAAUACCUGAGUUGCGACAAAUACGGCAUCCUCUCUGCCACAUCGGAAGCCGUCUCUCCUCCCGAAACAUGGACGGUUAUACCAACGGCGGACACACCCGGCACUUUCCAACUACAGACUAUGCGCGAAACAUUCCUUACCAUCAAAGAGUCCACGAAGGUAAAUGCUGGUCCAGAAGCCCGCGGCGAUGCCACCGAGAUCACCUUCGAUACUACCGUACGACUGCGCAUGCAGGCGCGCUUCAAGCCAAAGUUCAAGGCUUCAAAAGAAGAAAAGGCAAAGGAGAAGAUCAGCCGGAAAGAACUCGAGGAUGCCGUCGGUAGACGUUUGGAGGAAGAUGAAGUCAGAAAGCUAAAGAGGGCAAGACGUGAAGGCGAUUAUCACGAGCAGAUCUUGAUGUUAAAGGUCAAGAACAAGCACGACAAAUACGGCUGA